GGAAGAUUUGUCUGAUGUGGUGAAUUCUCAAGAAGUUACGAGUAAUAAGGGCAGUUGUGAGAAACUCCAAAGCUUGAAGGAGUUCGUCAGUGGUCACAACAAAGUAAUUGAAAUUCAUGUUGAUGGGAAGCUGUUUUUUAAAAUGCUUUUAAUGGAUACUGUGUGUUGUGUGCACAAUUUUUUUUCAACCACACACUUCCUACUGGGUUAUCUUCUCGGCAUUUUUUCAAGUCUGUUGAUAAAAUAUUUGAUCGUGGAAAAGAAUUUCAAAUUAUUAAGGGGUUAUUAUCUUUUGUUGGUAAUUUCGAAGGCUAUUUUGAUACAAUUUCUUCUUGUGUGAUUGCUCGGAUUGGGUCUGUAUUACUGGAAAGGUACAAUGAGGGUUUGGUUUGUGAGAUGUUUUCAAUUCAUGAGUAUCCAUCCGAAUUUCAGUUUCUGAAUUCUUUGAGUCUUGGAAUGCUUUAUGUAGUUGAGAUUGGCGGUGCAUGGAACUUGGUUGUUGAAUUCUCAAUAAAUAGAUUUUUGUUUCUCUUCUUGGUUAGAGUGAUGAGCAUUAAGAAGGCACAUAAAUGGUCUAUUCAAGUGCGUGGUAGGAAGGGAGCAGAAAUUUUAUUCUUACAGCUACCAUGUGAGUUGUUUGAAGUGAUUGUAGUUCAUUUUUUGUGCUUACAUUUUGUCGUCAAGAGUGAGGGAGUUCACAUACCAGCAGAUGAGUUAUCUUGCCAACUGAUUAGAGUCUUGAAUUCAGCUAGUGCUCUUGGAUAUUCUUGUUGUAUUCCACUGUGGUGUUUGAAUAAAAGGGAAGACAAUAUGUUCCUGCAUACUUCUGCAAGAUUCUUUUAGGUGACACUAUUCAAAGUUUUAAUUGAUAGACAAGAUGAAAAAUGUGCUCCAGAUUCUUUCGAAAGAGUUUCGAAAAUUUUCAGUGUUUAUAUUCUCAGUUCACACAAAUGCAAGCACUCGUUUAAUUCUUGUAAGAAUUGAUACUUUUCAGCACUCUACAUUACUUACUUCUAAAAUAUUUUGGAGGUUUCUGAUUCAAGAGGGAGUUAUGAUGACAGUUGCGCAUUCGAGUUGGAGUUAUCUGCACAAGUCUUGUCGUGUUGGGAAUUCUAAGAUCCAAGUUAUAUACUUACUGAUGUUAGUGGAAUUUUUGAGAUGGGAAUACAAAUGGUACUCUACAGGUUUAGGGAAUGCUUCAAAUGCGAGUUUGACCAUUUCAGUUCUCAUGUGGAUUAUGGAAACUCAUCUCAUGCCCAAGGUGAUUCAAAUCCUAUGUGUGAGGAUACUGGUGGAGUACUGGAGGUGGAAGUUCAAAUUGGUUCCACCUGAUUUGUGGAGUGUGGGAAAUGUCAGCUGGAUUGCUAACAGUUUUAUCUCAGUUGCGUGCUUUGCCAAAAACUGGAAUUAUAUAAGCAAUUUGUUCUGCAAAGCUGAGGUCCAUGGUCAAAUUGCAACAACUCUUAUGCAGAUCAGUCUGAUUCUGACAAGUUUAAGGAACUUUCAUUCAAAAGGUUUUGGUGUUGUCUAUUCGAUUGUACUUCAGAAUUUUGAAAAUUUCGCGGGAGUGAAUGAUAAGGGGUGGAUUUAUAUUGUUGUAAGGAGUGAAGUCCAAGAUAUGAAUUUUGUUCCGGUUUUGGUUCAUGAGCAGCCACCUGAUCAAUUACUUCAAUGGAUUGCAGGGCUUGAUUUUAAAGUGUGGAAGGGCAUUACAUGGAUAUUUUUGGGCCCUGCUAAAUUUCUAAAGUUUCCUAGUUCAUUUGUGUUUGUAGGGGAAAAUUUAUUUUAAGUUAUGUGUGGGGAUCGUGGUACCAAAAGAGAAGGGAUUAUAGCUGGAUAGAAUCCAUCCUUGUGACGCUAGUACGAGUUCAUAUUGUGUUUGUUAGAGGAAAAUUGCUUGAAUUCGCAGGGUUUGGCUACUGCUUCUGUUUCUAAUUACUCAGCAGUGAAUGUCUAUGAAUGGGUUUAUUUGAUUACAGGGAGUGGUACAUUGGGUACGGCUACAUUCUCGGCAGGUUGCCGAAUCCAAAGCACGUUUUCACCAUAGGGAAUUGCACACAAGAAUGGCAGGCCCACUGCUUGCAUUUCAGGGAGGCAGCGAGACCAUUUAUAAACUGUGCACUUGUAGGAAAUUGGUCAAUGGACUGAUGAGCCUUGUGUUGCAGGGUACAAGGGCCUCACAUGGUAUUCCGAUGAUAUAAUAGCUACUUUUCUUCUAGUGUGUGACUGUCCAACACUCCGAUCGACUCAUUUAUCUCUCAUCCUUGAGGACAAGGAUGUUUUGAAGGAGGGUGGAAUGUCAUAUACCCAAUAUAGUAUUGGAGUGCCCAUAUCGUACUCAAGGGGGUAGUUAGUUGUUUUUGGUAUUUAGCUUAGAAGUGGGUGUCUUUAUCAAUUUUGAUGAGUGGGUUAGAUGUAAACAUCUGGUGGCAUUGUAGCCGCAGAUGCUAGGUUCUGUCUCUAAAUUUAUAAGC